AGCACUCAGUCCACGCUGGAUUCCCGCGCCGUUUGGUUCGCGUCGUAGCGUUCCUGUAAAUUUUAAAUUUGACAAGUCGUAUCACAAUUUUCAAAUCGCGUCUUGUUCCUUUUUGCCACAAUUAUAAUUACAAAGUAUUCCGUUUGAUUUUGAUCAAAUAAUAAUUCGUAAAUCGUGUCUGAAGACCGGAAUCACGAAGGUUAGGAGAACAAAUCAGAAGGGCGAACGCGAUUAAGGAAACACGAUGCCAGCGGAUGCGGAACUCAGUAAUCUGCUUAGCAGGAGGCAAAGGAUCAACGAAGAGCUGGAAGAGGGGAAAGAAGUGAAAAAGCAGUACAAAUUUGUGAACGUUUACACCGAAUUUCACGAGCUGUCCCGUCGCGAGAUCAAGCAGUAUGAGCAGACCUUCAACAGAUUCGACGACGGUCACGAUGGAUUUCUGGACUUAUCGGAGCUAAAGCGUAUGAUGGAGGUGUUGGGUGCACCGCAAACGCAUCUCGGUUUGAAGGCAAUGAUACAGGAAGUGGACGAGGAUGGCGAUGGACGGAUUUCCUUCCGCGAGUUUCUGUUGAUCUAUCGCAAAGCACGUGCCGGUGAAUUGGAACAGGAUUCCGGAUUGGGCCAGCUGGCUCGUCUUACAGAAGUCGACGUGGACGAAGUGGGAGUCACUGGAGCCAAACACUUUUUCGAAGCCAAGAUCGAGCAGCUACGAAAGACGAGCAAGUUCGAGGACGAAAUUCGCAUGGAACAGGAAGAACGAAAGCGAGAAGAGGAGGAAAGGGCGGCAAGGCGAGCGCAGUUCAGACAAAAAGCUGCUCUGUUUGGCAAUUGAAAGGAAAAUUCGCGAUCCGAGAAAGUGUUCGGCCACUACUGCGCCUCACUGGAAUUACAAACGAUUGCCUCAAUCCGAUUCACUUGUUUCAUAAUAAGAUUUGUCGAUCGGGAAUGUCUUAGCAGAUCGGCUUAGCCGAGUAUUACAUCAUUAGGAAGCGCUAAUUCGUGACAAGAAAGAAGAACUAUUGUUAUAAGCUUUUAUCGAAUGUAAUCUUUUAGAUGAGUUGUUUUUUUAUAUGCAUUUUGAGUACUGAACGAUAGUUAGUUUUAGAAUCGAGAUUCUUUUAUAAGUUUCUGUUUUGGUAUAAAAAACUUGUUUACCUAUGCGAAGUUUUAUACAGGGAAAAUGAUAAUUAAUUGUGCAAAAGUAAUUCUUGCAAUUUUAUGAGCAGAGUCAGUUACGCUUUUGGAACUUUCAAAAACGUAACUGAUUAUUUAGAAAGAGGUUUUAUGUGAAACGUUCUUUUGCAGUUUUAUAGGAUUAGAUUAUUUUGCAUUCGUAUAACGAAUAGAUAGAAUAGAUAUUAAUGAACGCACGACUGAUAUUCUAAAUAUAAUAUGUAAAUGUGUGUAUAUUAAUUUAUAUGCUAAUUUCAAUUUUAAAUGUAAAGUCGCACUGUUAAGAUAAAUGAAACAUUUUGCAACUUGUUCUUGAUCAGAAGAUUUUGACAGCAAUUUUUUACAACCUGUUUUUUAAAGGAUAAAGAUCACUAUGCAUCACUGUCUUUUUAAUGAUGUUUCGUUUUAUAACUUAAAAUAGGUAGACAUUAAUGCAUCGAAACGUAAAGCAAGUUAAGAUUAUUUUUAUAAAAUUUUAAUCAAUAUGUUGCGGAUUGUGUAUAUAAAAUGUAAGGGACAAUAGAUGUGCCUUAGGUAAGCCUGUACAAUUAGAUUGUAAAUAAACUUUUUUGUUCCGACAA